AUGUCUCCAUCGAUGUCUCCCUGGAAUCAGACAAGUGGUUUUGAGUUGGACACAAAGCCGACUCUACCUCAUCCACCUGAUGAGCCAGCAGAUGAAGCGCAACGGCCCGCCGAGGAAGAAUGGCAACCCACCAUGCACGAGAAAGCCAUCAUUUACACUCUCGCUAUCAUCAGUCUAAUUGUAGCGCUGGAUGCCACCAUCGUUGUAACGACAAUGAAUGUUAUCAUCGAAGACCUCCAAGGCACUGCCACCCAAGCGUUCUGGAUAGGAACGUCGUACCUCCUUGUCAAUGCGGUGACCAUGCCGGUCAUCUGCGCUGUGAGCGACGUUUUCGGCCGCCCAAUCUGCUUGACCUUCGCUCUCGUCGCCUUCACUGUGGGAACCAUAUGUUGCUGCAUAGCACACAACAUCGGCACCAUGCUUGUUGAACGUUCCAUCCAAGGUAUCGGUGGCGGUGGAAUCCACAGUCUUGGUUUGGUCACGCUUACCUUUUGGGCUCUUGGGUUCGCGCUGGGUCCAAUCAUUGGCGGAGCUAUCGUUCACGGCAGAACGUGGCGUUGGAUCUUCUACCUGAUGUUUCCCUUCUGUGCCUUUGGGCUCGUCGCCGUUCCGUACCUCUUGACACUACGGCCUAAGGAAGCGACCACGCGCGAGAGGCUGUUGCGUAUAGACUGGAUCGGGUCCUUCUUGUUCACCGGCUCUGCCACUUCUUUUCUCGUCGCAGUAUCCUGGGGUGGUACGCAGUAUUCGUGGGGUAGUGCUCAGACUCUCGCGCCUUUGAUCAUUGGAUUUGUAGGCCUUGUCGUUACUGUGGUCUACGAAAACUACUUCGCAGCACAACCCUUUCUCCGGAGAAGCCUGUAUCACGACACGACCUCGGUCGUAACAUACAUCGCCGGAUGCAUUCAGGGGCUAGUGAUGUACGGACUUCUAUACUUUGGUCCAUUCUACUUCCUUUCCGUCAAACAAUUCACCCCUCUUGAUGCCGGUGUUGCCAUGCUACCAUGCACAUUGACAGUAACAUUCUCUGGCAUUAUCAGUGGUCGCCUCGUGACGCGAUUCAACAACUACCGCUGGCCGAUCUGCGUUGGGUGGUUCAUCGCGAGCAUCGGAUCCGGUCUUUACUUGAUCUGGCCACACAACAACAGCGCAGGGGUCUGGGUCGUCUCGUACCUCGUCAUAGGCAUAGGCCAAGGUACCAUCCUGAACGCCCAGAACUUCGCCUCACAGGCCAUGUGCAAGCCAGGCGACGAGGCGGCGGCGGCUGCAAUGUAUGCCUUUGUCCGCCAGUUCGGUAUGGCCCUCGGUGUCGGCAUUGGCGGCACUGCGUUCCAGAACGUCAGGGCUUUGAAGCUUCAGUGGCUGGGUCUUCCGACGGAUAUCGCCAAGCAAGCCGAGGGAUAUAUCAGCACGUUGCACAGUCUGCCCGCUGGCGACUUCAAGAGGGGGGUCAUUGACUCUUACAACUAUGGCUUCACUGGAGUCUACUCGGUCUAUCUCGCGAUCUCUGUUGUCGCUCUCGUUAUCAGCCUGCUGUUCGUCAAGAACGUCGACUUGACUCGGAACCUCCAGAGCAACCAUCGGCUUGAUGGGACUCGUGUAUCUAAGUAUUGGGGCGGACGUGAGAAGUCAUCAAAGGUGAUUUCUGGCGUCAUAGGGGCUACUGGAUUGAAAUUGGGGCCCUAG